AUGCUUUGCCCCGGGGAAAAUUUAAAUUGCCAAACUGGUUUCACAGUCAAGGUCGUCGCUUCCGCCCAGCGACGUUGUCGUGCCUCAGCAUUGAGUCGGCGGUUAUCAAUGCAAAACUUCAACCUACUCCCACUAUAUGGUCUGUCCAGCAGCAUUGUCAUUGUUAUGCUGAUGAUUAUGUCGUCCAUAUCGUCGCUGGAUGCUAUGCGCAUUGACAAUGAUGGAAUAAUCAACAGCAGUCACAGUAGCAACAGCAACCACAGUCGUCACCGGCGCUCGGCCUCAACAGCCAGUUGCAUGCAUGAUGCACGCUUCUAUCGCAAUCCGACUAGGCCGGUCCACAAGAUCUGGACGAACAGUGAGUGUGCCAAGUAUUUUCUGUGCCUGGAUGGGGAGGUAUUUGAGUUCAAAUGCUCGGAGGGGCUGCUCUUCGAUGUGGUGCGUCAGAUAUGCGACUUCAAGGCGAACGUGGAUAAUUGUGAUGUGAGUGCAGAGACGCCGGCUCCCAAGCCGCUGCUGGAGAUGGCCGAUUGUGCGGAUGAGUAUCAGUUGGGCUGUGCCGAUGGCACUUGCCUGCCUCAGGAGUACUUCUGCGAUGGCUCUGUGGAUUGUCCGGAUGGCUCCGAUGAGGGCUGGUGCGAUGUCGAGCAUGAUCCGAAUGCGGCUGGGGCGUGCGACUCGAAGAAGUGCCAGUUGCCGCAUUGCUUCUGCUCAAAGGAUGGCACCCAGAUACCGGGAAACCUCGGGACCUCAUCUGUUCCCCAGAUGAUCCUGCUCACCUUCGACGAUGCCAUCAAUCACGACAACUGGGAGCUCUUCUCCAAGGUUCUGUUCACACAGAAUCGUCGCAAUCCCAAUGGAUGUCCCAUUAAGGGCACCUUCUAUGUGUCGCAUCCGUUUACCAAUUAUCAAUAUGUACAGAAGCUCUGGAACGACGGACACGAGAUUGCCGUGCAUUCAGUAACCCAUCGAGGUCCAGAAAUGUGGUGGUCCAAGAAUGCCACAAUUGAGGAUUGGUUCGAUGAGAUGGUGGGCCAGGCGAACAUUAUCAACAAGUUUGCCGCCGUUCGGAUGGAUGAAAUUCGGGGCAUGCGAGUGCCAUUCCUGCGCGUGGGAUGGAAUCGUCAGUUCCUAAUGAUGAAGGAGUUUGGUUUUGUUUACGACGCCUCCAUGGUGGCCCCACAUUCGAAUCCCCCCCUGUGGCCGUACACACUGGACUACAAGAUGCCGCACAGUUGCACGGGAGUUAACCAGAAUUGUCCAUCGAGAAGUUAUCCGGGCAUCUGGGAGUUGGCUAUUAAUCAACUGGAAGCCGGUGAAUACAGGUGCGGGAUGGUUGACAGUUGUCCGCCCCAUUUAAGUGGCGAUGAUAUCUACAGACUGCUAACGCACAACUUCAAGAGACAUUACCUGAGCAACCGGGCACCCUUUGGCUUGUAUUUUCACUCCACCUGGUUUAAAAAGAUUGAUUAUUUGAAUGCGUUUUUGAAAUUUCUCGAUGAUCUGCAAAAACUACCCGAUGUGUACUUUGUGACCAACCAGCAGGCCAUUCAGUGGAUGCGUCAUCCGACGCCCAGCAAUCAGAUGCAUCAGUUCGAGCCCUGGCACUGCCAGACUAAGGAGCUAGAUGACCACGAACAGGUUUGCAACAUACCCAACGUAUGCAAGGUACGCAGUAGGGUGCUACAGGAGGAUCGGUAUUUCUACACAUGCAUGGAGUGUCCGGCCCAGUAUCCCUGGAUACGAAACGAGUUUGGCCUGGACUGAGGAGAAGCUAAAGCAAUUAGAUUUAAGCACUU